GGCUGAGUGAGUGAGUGCAUGUGAGGCGAGAGGCAGGCUGCCGCCUCGCUGUGCCUUUUCCCCCUCGUUGGCCGGUGCUCUGUGCCUGCGAGGGAGGCUGAGGGAGGAGGUGUCGUCUCUCCGGCACGUUUGGUCAGCUUCUCACCUCCUUUACUCGUCGUUUCCAGAAGAGUCGGCGUGUUUUUCUUUCGUGAGGUAACGGGCGAAGGAGUGAUGGAUGAGAAGACGGAGAUGAGCAAAACUAAAGUCGUUAUUUUCAGGUCACUUUCAGCCUGAGUGGGUUCCUCUGCUCCGGAAGGCUCAUUCCGAGGGCUCUGCCCAUCACAGCCAAUCGGUCUUCAAACGCCAAGACCGGGUGGAGGAGAGAAGGAAAAACAGUAACUAUGUCGGUCGAUUAAAAUGACCCUUAAAACAGCGUUUAUGGUAGAGGAUUUGGUUUCUCCGCAUCUUCAUUAUCUCGAAUUCGUUGCCAAACAACGCGAGACGUAAAGACCGCAAGUCUGGUUUCGCCCGUGGAGGAAGCUGCCGCCACCACAGCUGGACAUGUUGAUACCAACGUAAAAAAUGGAUGUAGUUUUUGCUCUCCUCUGGCUGCUGGCUGCGUUUCUGAAGGGCAUUCUUUGCCAGGGUGUAUACGCUCCUCCAACUGUUCGCAUCAUCCACUCCGGCCACGCAUGCAACGUGGAGGACGAGCGGUACAGUGAGAGGGUGUAUACGAUCCGGGAGGGUGAGACGCUGGAGCUGGUCUGCCUGGUCUCAGGGCAUCCACGGCCGCAGAUACGAUGGACCAAGACAGCAGGCAGUGCUUCUGACCGCUUCCAGGACUCCAGCGUGUUUAACGAGACUCUGCGCAUAUCCCGCAUCCAGAGGCACCAGGGUGGCCGCUACUACUGCAAGGCAGAGAACGGCCUCGGCUCCCCCGCCAUCAAGUCCAUCCGAGUGGACGUCUACUAUCUGGAUGACCCUGUGGUGACAGUACACCAGAGUGUAGGAGAAGCUAAGGAGCAGUUCUACUAUGAGAGAACGGUUUUCCUCCGCUGCGCUGCCAACUCCAACCCCCCAGUGCGAUAUAGCUGGAGACGUGGACGCGAGUUUCUAUCUCAAGGCUCUGACAAAGGCGUAGAGAUCUAUGAGCCUUUCUUUACGCAGGGGGAGACAAAGAUCCUCAAGCUGAAAAACCUUCGACCUCAGGACUAUGCCAAUUACACCUGUACUGCCUCGGUUCGCAAUGUCUGUGGCAUCCCUGACAAGAGUGUACUCUUCCAACUCACCAACAGAACGGCAUCUCCCACCAUUAAGCUGCUGGUGGAAGACCCCAUUGUGGCUAACCCAGGACAGACAGUGACUCUGGUCUGCAUCACUUCUGGUGGGGAGCCCACCCCAGUCCUAACAUGGGUACGCAAUGCUGAGGGCCUUCCUAAGAAGAGUGUCCUGAACGGUGGGACACUGACCAUCCCUGGCAUCAGCACCGAAGAGGCUGGUGUCUAUAGCUGUGUGGCCAGUAACAACGUCGGCAACCCCGCCAAGAAGUCCACAAACAUCAUUGUCAGAGCUCUGAGGAAAGGCCGCUUCUGGAUCACUCCAGACCCUUAUCACAAUGAUGACAAUAUCCAGAUUGGCCGGGAAGUAAAGAUCUCCUGCCAGGUGGAGGCCACGCCAGCCGAGGAGCUGAUGUUCAGCUGGCUGAAGAACGGCCGGCCGCUGCGCAGCUCCGAGCGCAUGGUCAUCACCCAGACAGACCCUGACGUUGCCCUGGGAACCACCAACCUGGACAUAAUUGACCUCAAGUUCACUGAUUUCGGUACCUACACCUGUGUGGCAUCGUUGAGGAAUGGGGGCAUACCCGAGAUCAGCAUAGAUGUUAACAUCUCAUCCACUACUGUCCCCCCCAGCCUGACAGUCCCCCGAGGGAAGUCUCCUUUGGUGACACAGGAGGGUGACACAGUGGAGCUUCAGUGCCUAGUGUCAGGCAAACCCAAGCCCAUCAUCCUCUGGUCUCACGCUGACAAGGAGGCGCCCAUGCCGGACGGCAGCAUGCAGACGGAGAGCUACGAUGGCAUCCUGCGCAUCGUCAACGUCUCACGCGAGAUGACCGGCACUUACCGCUGCCAGACCAGCCAGUACAACGGCUUCAACGUGAAGCCUCGUGAGGCCAUCGUGGAGCUCAUUGUGCAGUAUCCGCCAGCGGUGGAGCCGGUGUACACAGAGAUUCGGCAGGGCCUGGGCCGAGCCUUCAGCCUGAGCUGCAGAGUGCUGCGUGCACACCCGUCUCGCGUGCUGAAGUACGAGUGGAAGCUGGGCACACGACUGCUGACCGUGGGACAGUUCGACACACGUGACGAGACCGAGUACCAUGUGAGGGCACUGAACCGCGAGGGCUAUGGUGCAUACACCUGUGACAUCACCAAUGAAGCCGGCGCCGGCCGCUGCACAUUCCUGGUAACAGGUAAGGCCUUUGCUCCAGAGUUCUACUACGACACAUACAGCGCCCUGUGGCAGAACAAGCCAAGUGUGUAUGGCUUCAAACUCCAGUGGACGCAGAUGAAUCCCAAUGCAGUGGACCGCAUCAUGGCCUAUCGUCUUGGUAUCAAACAGACAGGGCAGCAGAGAUGGUGGGAACAGGAGAUCACGAUGGAAGGCACCAUCCAGAAGGGGGAGCUCCUCACCUACAACUUGACAGAGCUGGUCAAACCUGAGGCCUAUCAGGUGCGCCUAACCCCCAUCACCCGUUUUGGAGAGGGCGACUCGGCUGAAAGGAUCAUCCGCUAUAGUGAAGCCAGACGUGAUACAGCUCCCGUAAACCCCCAUUGGAGUAAAUUCCAUUGCAGCUUUGAAGAAGAAGCCAUAUGUAUGUUCACCCAAGACAAGACAGAAGAAUUCGACUGGACAAGACAUAGUGCUGCCACCAGGGACACCAAGUACACACCUAACACUGGACCCAGCAGUGACCACAGUGGUUCAAAGCAAGGUUAUUACAUGUACAUUGAAACCUCAAGGCCUCGUCAGGAAGGAGACAAGGCACGACUGUUGACCCCUUUGUUCAAUGUUGCUCCGAAAAAUCCCUAUGGAAAUGUGGCCACUAAUCCAACCUACUGCUUUAGCUUCUACUACCACAUGUAUGGGAAGCACAUAGGCUCCCUGAAUGUGUAUUUAAGACAGAAGAGUCAGACUGGUCAGGAUAGCUCUGUGUGGACCCUCAGCGGAAACCAAGGGGACCGCUGGAGGCAGGCUAGAAUCGACAUCCACCCUACAUCCUCAUUUCAGAUGGUUUUGGAGGGCCUCCGUGGUCCUGGAAUUGAAGGGGAUAUUGCCAUAGACGAUGUGACCAUUGAGGAGGGAGAAUGUCGAGACCCCCCUCCCAAUAGCAAUCUGAGGUCCCUGGCCCCUCCUACAGCAGAGCAUAUAUGGCAGUUGUGUCUCACUCUGCUCUUGGUCCUGGCUGGCCAUCGGAGGUGACCAUGUCCUGGAGAGGUCAAAUCCGGCUCUGGCACUCCUAGGGGCUUUUGGCAGACAAGGACUGUCCGAAUACAACUACCAAAGAUUCAUCCCGUCUGUAAGAGAGAAUCACAGUUCAAAGAAUGAUCCAGAUGGAGUGCGGGAGGGAGUCGAUCACUAGUUAACAAAUAUUGAUCCGUACAUUACAGGAGACCAUGCAAAGUCAGGAUUCAAAAGCCUAUUAAAGUUGGUGAAGUUCUUAAUACGUGAAUGGGUGUGCCUGGAUUCUUUGAUAACCGUGGAUUGACCAGGUGAAUCUUCUCAAAGCACAAAGACGCAACAUGUAUUUUCCAGAAGGUUUUGCUUUGUUUCUCGGUGUUCAUCUUGACGUCCACAUUAUUGCAAUAUAUGACACAAGUGAAAGAGCUAGAGCCCCUGAUAAAUGGUAAUUAGAAAAAGUAGAAAUUAUUGUUUGUCUUGACAAGA